GUUUUAUAUGAACUUCCUCCAUCAGCUGACUGAAAGCCUCGUUGCGCACCAAAGUAAUGCGUUAGUUGCCCCCUCCUGCUCUGACCGCCGUCGGCCAAGAGUUCACCAUGGCAACCACACCUCAGCGUGAUGUAAACAAUCCGAGGCCUGGCACCAAAGACCACCUGAUCACUCUGUUCAGAGGCCCAAUGCAGGGAAUUGAAAUUAGACUGGAAGGCAUGCUGCGAGAGUUUUUUCAACACCAGAGGAUGGAUAAAGAAAAUAACACAACCAAAGAGCUGGAAGAAAGCUGCUGCUUAGAGGCCACAGACUGCUAUUACAACAUCUUGGAGCACCUUAGCACUCGGGAGACGGCUAGCCCAGGUGUCAGUAGGGUCUCUGAUUUCUUGGAGAAUGACUUGGUUCAGCGCUGUCUGGUGGCCUGUUGCUUGCAGAUCGCCCUAAAAUCACACUGUCUAUUCAGCGAUAUCACUUUGCUUCUCAAAGUGUUCAAACUGGAUGCAUACCUUUUCUUAAAGGUGACUGACAUUUUGCGGUUAAACCCGGGUAAAUUUAUGGGAGUGGUCAAGAGCAUUAUGCAGAUUCAUACAAGAGUUUUAGAGAGCUUGGUUUGGGUCAGAUGCUCCUGCCUGUGGAAGGAAAUCAGGGCCAAUGGAGGCUAUCUACCUUCCUACAAACAGCUGAUUUUGCCAACAACAUUCGAAGGUGAGCGGACAGAUUUACAGCCAGAAUCUGACCCACAACAAGAUGUUAUGAUGGAAGCGGCGCCCUCAGCCAGCGCAGACCACCAGCAUUCCUCUUCAGCUCUAAACAGACCUAAGAAGAAACCGUUCCUUCAUCGGUUUGCCAGCAUGGUUUACAGUGUGCUGAAAGAGCGUUUGAUGGAGCUGUGUUCCAAACUGGACAUCUCUGAUGGGUCGAGGAAAAUGAUGUGGACCUGUUUGGUGCACUCCCUGGUCCAGCACAAUUCCCUCAUGGAAGACCGUCACCUGGACCAGCUCCUCAUUAGUGCAGUCAGCAUUAUAGCAAAGGUUACCAAGAACAAGCUGAACUUUGAGGAGAUAGUAAAUCACUACAGGUCACAUGCCAGCGAAAGUGUUUGCAAGGACAUGCUGAUCUCAGAGGCAACUUUGGAAAAUCUUCCCAGUGAGAUGAUGGAUCUUGAAAACCUUAGAGCUGCUUUACCGACCCCAGAAGCAACCCCAGAGGAGGACAAGAGAGGCAGUCUCCUCAAUUUCUAUCGGGCCUACAGCAAAGAAAUGCAGGGGUUUGCUGACAAGUUUGCCCCAACGUAUGGGGGAGAGACUCCUCCGAUGUCUCCAUUCCCUCAACAGAAGAAGAGAAGUUACCGCCCAUUCAAGGGCCACAACAUCACCAUCUCACAGUUAAACAAACAAGAAGUCUCUCCCCUUACUCCCAGAAUGACCUAUGACUUCAGCAAAAGCCCCUCAGAGUGUCUGCGUAAGAUCAACCUCAUGGUCAACAAACGAGGCCGUGCUCUAUCAUUUGAUACAGAGGAAGGAGAAGAAGGGCCUUCAUCCAAGCAGCGUUGCUUGGAUGAGGGACCGGUUUUGCAGAAUCUUCUGAGGGCCUUGGUUAAUGAUCGUGCAGAGGUACAGAACCAGGGCUGGGUAUCGCAGAAAGACCUGAACCAGCCUGACAAUACAGGGGAGCAUUAGGUCUCACUGUUCUCCAGUUUUUGCUCAUCUUGCAGGGAUCUGUUCCAAUGCUUCUCUUUUGAAUCACAUUUUCUGUCGGCUCAGUAUCCUAGAAUUUAAAAAUUUAUCGUCUUCUGUUUUGUGCUUUUAAAGGAUUUGGAGUACUUCCAUGCAUUAUGUUGUCAGGUCCGGUAACUUUUAAGUGUCAACAUUUACUGCCAGCUGACCCUUUUCAUUGUCUCUUUAGAUAUUUCAAAAAGGUUUGAAUAUGGGAUCUAAUGUAGCCAUUUCAUAACCAUCAACUUGAGUUGAUUCCUCCUCAAAGUGGAUGUUUUAGAAGCAGUAAUAACCGAUAAGCACAAAUUUGACAGAAGCCAAAAUUAUGAUGGCUUGACAACAGGGUCAGAGCAUCCCCAAAACUGGAGCUUUAGUGGAAUGUUUCCAGUCUGCAGGGGUCUGAAAAAGCGUUCCAAGGAAGGAACACUGCUUAACUGGCCAAAGAUCACUGAUGCAUGUGGGCAACAAUGGCCAGCUUAUGUGCUACAUAUCAGCCACUGUAACCUUACAAAGCUGACAAAGUCAUUGCUGUUUCUGACCCAAAAGUUUCAUAACACACAGCACUUUAUAGUUUGUUGCAUAUAGGCCUGCAAAGGUAGAGAGACCAGUCAAGGUGCCAUGCUGACACCCGUCCACUAUAGACAACAAGGGGCCCUAGAGCAUUAGAACAGAACAACUGAGCAAUCAAGGACGACGGAGUGGUCUGAAGAAUCACGUUUUGGUUUACAUCACAUGGAUGGCUGAGUCUUUGAGUUUGUUUACUUCCAACAAGAUGCACUGCGCAAAGACGGCAAGCCAGCAGGGACAUUGUGAUGCAUUGUUCUGCUGUGUCCUUCCAUCCAUGAACAGUAGAUGUUACUUUAACCUACCUACAGAGGUAUUAUUUCAGACCAUGUAGACCCCCAUGUGGAAAUGGUGUGUCCCUGCUGUGGUCUCUUUAAGCUAGGUGACACAUCCUACAAUAAAGCAAAAAUGGUCCAGGAAUUCCCCAGAUCUCCAUCUAACUGAGAAUUUGUGGAAUGUGCUAUAAAAGCAAGUCCAUGACGGAGCUUGCAGCAGCUAACAACGUGGUGCCAGAUACCAAAAGGAUUAUCUUCAGGGAUCCAGUGGAGACCACCCCUUUGGCGAGGCAGAUCACUAUUAUGCAGGUGGUCAUAGUUUUAUGCUUAAUCUGUGCAUAUGGAGAUUUUUUUUAGCUUUUAUAGGAGUUUUUAAGAUCCAGAUAUGAGAAAUGUAGCUCAUUCAGAUCUAUUGUACCUACAUUUUGCAUUAGGUCAUAACUGACUAAGGAUUUGUGUUUCUCUUCACUUAAGAGAACUCGAUCCUUAACUUUUAUACUUGUGGUUUAAUACUGUGCUAAAUGUUAAGGUUUAUUAUGUUUCCUUUUCUUCAGUUCAUUGUUUAUUCAUGUAAAAUGAUAAUCAAACAGCAAUGUUUACUAUUUCCAUUUGCCAUGCCGCACUGUUGCAAGUAAGAGACUUUCAUUUGUCCAAGUAUGUCCAAGAAUUACGUUAUCUUAUUAAAUGUUUGUAUAGUGAACCAUAUAACAGUAUUUAGAUUUUAUUGCUCUUUGAUCUUGCACCAGAAAGAUUAUUUCGUUUGAGAGUAAAAAUCACAGAAAACCGCUGUGAAUGUAGCAUGGCACUUUAUUCAAUAGAACCCUAAACAUGUAGAUUGUUCUGGCAUAAAUAAAUUCUGUCUGAAUAAUU